CUCCGGCGCGAGGGGAAGCAACCAAGCCGGGUUCUACUUCCGGUGGGGAAGCAAAAAGGGAAGGCACCGUCGGAAGCGAGGAAGGUGCUGUGUAAUCACCAGAGCGCCGAGCCGCUUGCAUCUCCUAAAAAUGCCAGAUUACCUCGGCGCCGAUCAGCGGAAAACCAAAGAGGAUGAGAAGGAUGACAAGCCCAUCCGAGCUCUGGAUGAGGGGGAUAUUGCCUUGCUGAAAACUUACGGCCAGAGCACGUACUCCAGGCAGAUCAAGCAGGUCGAAGAUGACAUUCAGCAACUUCUCAAGAAAAUUAAUGAGCUUACUGGCAUUAAGGAGUCUGACACCGGCCUGGCACCCCCAGCGCUCUGGGACUUGGCUGCAGACAAGCAGACUCUGCAGAGCGAGCAGCCUCUGCAGGUUGCGAGGUGUACGAAGAUAAUCAAUGCUGACUCAGAGGACCCCAAAUACAUCAUCAACGUGAAGCAGUUUGCCAAGUUUGUGGUGGACCUCAGCGAUCAGGUGGCACCCACCGACAUUGAGGAAGGAAUGAGAGUUGGUGUGGACAGAAAUAAGUAUCAGAUUCACAUUCCUCUGCCUCCUAAGAUUGAUCCGACAGUGACCAUGAUGCAGGUGGAGGAGAAACCUGAUGUCACAUACAGUGAUGUUGGCGGGUGUAAGGAGCAGAUUGAAAAACUGCGAGAAGUGGUCGAAACUCCAUUACUUCAUCCAGAGCGGUUUGUGAACCUAGGCAUCGAGCCUCCCAAGGGUGUGCUGCUGUUUGGCCCCCCGGGCACAGGCAAGACCCUCUGUGCUAGGGCGGUUGCCAACAGGACCGAUGCUUGCUUCAUCCGAGUUAUUGGGUCCGAGCUUGUACAGAAGUACGUCGGUGAGGGGGCUCGAAUGGUUCGUGAGCUCUUCGAAAUGGCCAGAACAAAAAAAGCCUGCCUUAUCUUCUUUGAUGAAAUUGAUGCCAUUGGAGGGGCCCGGUUUGAUGAUGGUGCCGGAGGUGACAAUGAAGUGCAGAGAACGAUGUUGGAGCUGAUCAAUCAGCUGGAUGGCUUUGACCCUCGAGGGAACAUUAAGGUGCUGAUGGCCACUAACAGGCCUGAUACUUUGGAUCCAGCGCUGAUGAGGCCAGGCAGGUUGGAUAGAAAGAUUGAAUUCAGCUUGCCUGAUUUAGAGGGUCGGACUCACAUCUUUAAGAUUCAUGCCCGUUCAAUGAGUGUUGAAAGAGACAUCCGAUUUGAAUUAUUAGCACGGCUGUGUCCAAACAGCACUGGUGCUGAAAUUAGAAGUGUCUGCACAGAAGCUGGUAUGUUCGCAAUCCGAGCACGGCGAAAAAUUGCCACUGAGAAGGAUUUCUUGGAAGCUGUAAAUAAGGUCAUUAAGUCUUACGCCAAAUUCAGCGCUACUCCCCGCUACAUGACGUACAACUAAGCUGCAGAGGCUUUCAAAUGAAAACCCUUUUAGUUGGGAGCCUGAGCUUUCACAGGCUUGUUAACAACCACCUCACAAAAAAUAAAUGUUCCAAAGUUG